GCAGCGCGCGUACAGCGCGUCCGCGAUGGCCAGGGAGGGGUCUCCGCCCAGGUCGGCCAGCGGCACGUGCGCGUAGCGCGUCAGCGCCGCGCGCUCCCGCAGCCAGCCGCCGGCGGCGGCGGCGCGGUGGACGGCGCGGCGGGCGGCGCGUAG